UCGAUUCACAUACAAGAAGACUCCUUGACAACGACGCAUUUGGCUUUACCUAUUUUUUAACGACUCUAUAGACUUUUUUUUUUUUCGAAUCGCUUAUUCGUCAAACGCAACCUAUUUAUCUUCCCAGACAAUUUGCUCAUAUUUGAUACAUAUUCAAAACGGAACCAAUCGACAUCAUCAUUUCAAAGAAGAAUCGGUCAUUUACGCCAACACUUUGCAAAAAGAUGACAAAACUUUUCAUCUUCUACCUGUUCAUAUUCAAGUAUUCUCGUUUGGGUUUUUCCGCUUCCCAUCACAAGGAAAACGGAGUCUUUUCCCAACCUGGCCACCUUCCUUUUGUUUCGCGCGCAGAGAUUAUCUUUUUCUAUUCCAAUAUUGCAUGUCAAUAUCUUAUCCGUUUAUACAACAACAACUUCCUCAAAACAAAGCUCAAGGAGCAUGCUCCUUUUUUGCUAAUGACACCUCAAUUCACCGUCGUCAUAUACAUACAUACAUACUUUAUUAGGCACUUUUCUCUCAGCAUACUUUUGUGAUUUGAUGUUCAAUUUGACAUAUUUUGUGGCUAUCCUUUAUGUUUGAUCCGUUCUUGGCUA